ACGGUCGUCGACGCCGAGCGCCCCGAGCCCUCCUUCCCGCCGCGUGCCGCUCUAUUAAUGCUCGCCUCCUCGCUCCCCGGUCCAUUCAUCACUCGCGCGCCCCACCCUUCCCUCUCGAUCUCUCUGCUCUCCCCGCAGGCCGCAGCCGCAGGCCCGAUCCCCGAGCAACAAGCCAUCCGGUGCGGAGCGCGCGCGAGGCGAAUAGGUGAUCCAUGGCAGGCGGGCGCGCGGCGCACAAGGCGUUCCUGCUGUGCAACUACACGCUGCUGGGCGCCGCGUCGGCGUGCAUCUUCCUCACGCUCUCGCUCCGCCUGGCGCCGUCCCCGUGCGGCCUGCUCCUCGUCUUCCUCCACGCGCUCACCGCCGUCUUCGCCGCCGCGGGCUGCUCGGGCUCCUUCACGGACGGCGGGGCCGGGGCCGGGGCCGGCCGCGCGCACGCCGCGCACACAGCGGGGGCCGUCCUCGCCGCCAUCUUCCAGGGCGCCGCCGCGCUGCUCGCCUUCACCCGCACCGCCGACUUCCUCGCCGAGCUGCGGUCCUACGUCCGGGAGGAGGACGGCGAGAUCAUCCUCAAGCUCGUCGGCGGGCUCGGCACCGCCAUCUUCGUCCUCGAGUGGGCCGCGCUCGCGCUCGCCUUUGCGCUCCGGCUCGACGACGAUGGCGGCGAGGAGGAAGCCGAUGGCGAGUACUCCAAGAGAUGGGCGCCUGGUUACCAUGUCUGAUUCUGCUCUGAUCCAGCACAACAGAGCCUGAAAACUCGAGAGAGACACAAGCAGAAAUCAGAAACGAGGAAUUUCUUUUUGUUUAUUUGCAGAUUGGGGAUCCGUUCAACUCUUGUUACUGUGAUCAUGUAACAAAGUGCAAAGGCAAAUGUAUUGCUUUGAUCUGUAUUCGUUUCAUUCAUUUGAUAUUGGUAUAAAUGAAAAGGAAAGUUUGACUCGGUGACAAA